AUACUACAAACCAAGUGAAAAUAAUUAGAAAUGAGUGCUAACUUUGUUGUGAUUGGGGGCGGAAUUGCGGGUGUUAGCUGUGCAGAAAUGCUGUCAUUCUUUGAACCUGACUCUCAAAUAAUUUUAGUUAGUGAAUCAUCGUUAAUUAAAACUGUUACAAACAUACAAGCUCUCACCAAAACCAUCACAAACUUUGAUGUCGUAGAGAAAGAAGCACAGUCUCUUACAGAUACCCAUCCAAACAUAACUGUAAUCCUCGACAGCGUUAUAAAAAUUAAUACUGUCAAUAAUGCUGUUGAAACAAAGUCAUGUAAAGUUUUAAAGUACGAUUACUUAUGCAUUUGUACUGGAGGACGGCCUAAGCUUAUCCCUCAAGCAUUGGAUAACAAGUACGUUGUUGGGAUUAGGGAUACUGAUUCCGUGGACGAGUUUGUUGAAAAGUUGAGCAAAACAACAAAAAUUGUUAUAGUAGGCAACGGUGGCAUUGCAUCUGAGAUUAUUCACAAGAUCCGUAACGUGGAAGUGCAUUGGGUUAUAAAAGAUAAACACAUUACAGCAACCUUUGUCGAUCCCGGUGCCGCCACAUUUUUCCAGGAUUCUCUGAAUCAGACAACUCCGGAAUCUUCGGCUAAGCAAAUGAGGUACAAAGAAGACGGUCCGAAGUCAGGGGCGGCGUUAGGUCCGAACUGGUAUCAAAAUUUAGAAAUUUACGGUGCUUUGUCCAAAUCAUUGCCUGAUAACAUAAAAAUACAUUACGAAUCUGAAAUUAUAGACCUUACGUGUGAUUUGUCAAAUCCACAUCCAGUGAAAGUGACUUUGUCAAAUGGACUUGUAAUCGAUAGUGAUUUAGUGGUGUCAGCAACUGGUGUUGUUCCACAUCAUGAAUUUGAAGUCGUUGGUUCCAACCUUGCUUUCUCAGAAGAUCGUGGGAUUGUGGUUAACGAAUUCCUUCAAACUACCGUUGCAAAUAUCUAUGCCGCAGGCGAUGUUUGUUCACCAACGUGGCAGUAUGCGAAGCAUUGGUUUCCCAUGAAAUUAUGGACUCAAGCUCGUCAAAUGGGUUGUUACGCCGCAAGAAGUAUGUGUGCUAAUCUUAACAAGGAAGAGAUUUUGCAGGACUUUUGUUUUGAAAUAUUUACGCAUUCUACAAAAUUAUUUGGUUACAAAGUUAUUCUUUUGGGUCUGUAUAAUGGGCAGAAAUUAGGUCAGGAUUAUGAGAUUUUACUGCGUAUGACCAAGGGUCAUGAAUACAUUAAAUUUGUCAUACAAGAAGGUAAAUUACAUGGUGCCAUAUUGAUAGGUGAAACCGAUUUGGAAGAAACAUGUGAAAAUUUGAUUUUAAACCAAAUUGAUAUAUCUCCUUACGGCACUGACAUUUUAAAUCCUGAUAUAGAUAUAGAGGAUUACUUUGAUUGAAUUGUAGAUUAUAAGUAAUGCUAUAACUUUAUUUUUGUUGGUAAAAUAAAUGAGAUGGUUGAGAGCA